GCCAGGUCGUCGAAUGCAUCAGGGGUAAAUAACAAGGAUAGCCCUAGGGGGCUUAGUGGACAAUGUGAGACGGUACUCCCAAAACAACCAACUGUCGAAUCACGUAUCGAUUGUCGAUUGCGAUCCAGCUUGAUUUGACUCUCAAUUUCCUUGUUUCCUAGUUAUAAACCCCCUCCAAAAAAACAAUUCGUAAAAAGUGUCAACAUCUAGGUGCAAAAUAUUUACACAGAUUUUCUGAAUUUAUCACUACGUAUCUAAGUACAUGUAAUCUCCCAAGUUGGGCAUAAAGAAAUCAAUCAACAAUUAGGUCAAGUUGGUGUACAAAAUUAUUCAACCCCAUCCAAGAUGGGAACUUCCUCCUGGAAUCCAUUGCGCUCUCGCGAUGGCCGACAAUCCAAAUUGCCCCUUUACGAAAACCUAAACCUACAAACACCAAGCAAGGAGCGAGAUUCAAACGACUCAUACGACGACUCCGACUCCGAUGGAUAUUCUAUCACCUCAUCAUCCCCAGGCACCAACAACUCGCGAUAUACGAGUGCUUCUAUAACCGCCGCCACGCCCAUAAUGUCCAAAAGACACUUUAUGGUUUCUAGCAAACCACGCCAGCCCUUUGGCUACCGUCUACCCAACAAGGUCGUUCGGUACCUGUGCUUUGGCUUAACAACUUUCAUAGUUAUGAUGAUCCUUACCCUCAUUAGGGCCAGCCAUAACGAAAAUAGAGCACUUGCCGAAGGCAGGAUCGACAGACCUGCGUCAGCUCCUCCUCCAUGGGAAUCUUAUCCGUUCCUUACGAGAUACUACGGCGGCAUUAGAAACUUAGUCUCUUUCUCCCAGAAUCUUCCCGAAUAUCCACGUUUACCAGGCGAACCACCUAUAGACAAGUUGUCAUAUGUCAACAAUACCAUUUAUAAGCCUGAUGUUCAGGAACGGAGUUUGCCUGCUAGCAAGGAAUACAUCCGCUACCCGCAGAGUGUCUUCCAGAACGCCCCUGAGCAAUUCCAGGAGUGCUAUCUCGACAAGGCCAACAAAGUGCGCGUACCCCCUGUUCGCUACUAUGAGGGGCGUCCCAACGGUUUCCCCGAAGCUGUUCUUGGCUCACAUGAGCUUUUGGGGCUCCCUGAAGAUAUAUGUUUCGAAAGGUAUGGCAGAUAUGGGCCGUAUGGCUUUGGCUACUCUGUUAGGUCCGGUGGUCUAGGCACUGGAGAACAUGGCGAGAAGGAAGGCUACGAGUCUACAUGGGAGAAAGUGCCCCAAGUUGACUGGAGCGGGAUGGACUGGGCCGAUAUCCAAAGACGUUGUUAUCGAGCAAAUGUUGCCCGGUACAAGACCCAGCCUGCUAAGCCUCCUUCCCCUCAUGGCUUCUAUAUCGAUGAAGGUGCCGCCGCUAUUAACGUCCAGGCGCGUGAUACCUUGCCUGCAGAAUCUGCGAAGUCUCCGGUAGAUGAGGUAAAAGGAAAGAGCUCGGCGGCAGUAUCCGAUGGUGAAUCUAUUGAGAAACGAUUGCCAAGAACUGCUGUUGUUAUUCGUUGCUGGGACGAAUAUUUCUGGAAGGAGGAAGAUGUUAUGAACAUCCGUUCCCUGAUCAGCGAAUUGGCGUUAGCAUCCGGUGGCCGUUACGACGUUCACUUGCUCGUACAAGUUAAGAAUGACGCUGCACACCCUAUCUGGGCGGAUUCGGCCACAUAUAAAAAACGAAUCGAGGAGACCGUACCAGAGGAAUUCCGAGGUCUCGUCACAUUCUGGACGGAGACUCAGAUGCUGUCUCUCUACCAGGGUAUCUUCGAUCUUUUCGCUCGUGGUCCGGAUUUGCCUGUACAUGGUGUCUAUCGUGGUUUGCAGAUGGCCAUGCAAUAUUUUGCUUAUCAACACCCAGAGUAUGACUACUACUGGCAAUGGGAGAUGGAUAUUCGUUACAUCGGCCAUUACUAUGAUCUAUUUACCAAGAUUGAAAAAUGGGCUAAGGACCAACCAAGAAAGGGCCUCUGGGAACGAAAUGGACGAUUUUACGUGCCUUCCGUACACGGAACGUGGGAGGACUUCAAGCAGAUGGUACGGGUACAAAGCGAAAUGGGUGUCACCGGUGCUGAUAAUAUCUGGGAUGGUGUUUCUGGAGCAAACAAGCAGUCGCAGGCCAACCGUGGCGAUAAGCCUAUCUGGGGGCCUGAAAGGCCUAAAGAUCCCAAAGAUUGGUUUGAACCCGAAGAAGACCCUGUGCCGGAGACACCUUAUGAAAAGGAUAAGUACGUGUGGGGAGUGGGCGAGGAGGCCGAAUACAUCACAUUCAACCCUAUGUUUGAUCCCGAAGGGACUACAUGGGGUCUGGCCAAUGACAUUACCGGCUACAACACAACAGAUGGGAACGGAAUGCCGCCCCGUAGAGCCCAGAUCAUUACUGCAUCUCGCAUGUCUCGUCGCCUGCUCAUGAAGAUGCACCGAGAGACUGCCUUCUUCAAACACCACGCUUUCCCAGAGAUGUGGCCAGGUACCGUCGCCUUGCAACAUGGUUACAAGGCAGUAUUCGUACCGCAUCCUUUAUACGUGGACCGUGAGUGGCCUACAGAGAUCUUCGCCCGAACCCUCAACAACGGCAAGAACGGAGCCACUGGAGGUUCACGCACUUCCGUCUUCGGUCAGCGUGAGCAUAACCUCAUAGGUCUCACAUGGUUCUACAACUCGGGAUUCGCACCGAACUUGUAUCGAAGGUGGCUCGGCCUAAAGGUGAACAACGAUGGUGGCGAAGAGUUCGAGAUGACAGUGGACGAGAGCAAAAAUGGCACGAGUGUCAACGAAAUGCGCGGCGGUGAGGGCAGGAUGUGUCUACCACCCAUGCUGCUCCACCCAGUCAAAGAUAUUGAUUUGCCCGUCGAGGCCAUUCCAGAAGAAGCACUCAACGGAAUACCCGAGUCGGACCCAGCAGCGUGAACGGGAUAAAUCGCGAGACGAGGGGU